ACUAGUGAUGAUCUGAUAACAAAAAAAUGGCGACCGCCAGUCCAGGUCAAGCUUCGUCGUCAAAGGCGCAGCAAAAUCGUUGCCGUCUGUUUCGUCUUCAAAUGCUCAUUAUAGACGGCGGACUACAAAUACUAAGAAAUAUUUUAGAUACGAAACUUCAAAAUGUCUCUCUAAGCUCAUUUUUGCAACAGGAAAGGUCAACAAUAACCAAACUAAAAUCACGCGGAAUAAUUACGCAGGUACAAUAUGAUCUGCUGUUUCCAUCAGGUGGAAGCGGGCCAGCUACAACAGACUUAGACAUCACGUUAAUCAUAUGUCUCCUUAGAAACAUCAAGACAUUCGGGCUGAACAAGAACUUUAAAUGGAACUCAAUUCCUGCACAAGGUGAUACUUCAGUUGAGGCUGAUAUUUUUCGUCUGAAAGUAUACAGGAACGAGCUAAGUCACAUAUCUUCAACAAGUGGAAUAACGCUGAAUGUUUUCACAACAAAGUGGACGGAGAUCGAACAGGUUCUUUUGAGGCUGAAUACGACGGUGUCUCCCAUACCAGACCUUCAAACAAUGAUUGAUGACUUUAAAGUAAAUCCACUUGAUCCACAGGCGGAGAGAAGGGUCCAGAAAGCCAUAGACAGUUGGCAUAAGUUAGAAACGGGUGUAGAAGCUGAAUUAAAACUGUUGAAAAUGGAAGACGAGAAGAUAAAAUGUACUCUGAAAUUGCAAGAUCAAAUCACGAGAAAGCAUACACAGAGUAUUAGUGAAUUAAACAAGAAAACUUGUGACCAUGCUAAACAAAUACAAGAUUUAAAGGUAAAGGAAGAAACUAGAAAAGAUGACAAAGCAGAGACAGAAUCAAAAUAUGAAGAAAGUAAACAAAGUAAGUUAUUUUUUGUCACUUUACUUUUAAUCCCUUUUCGCAAUUAGUAUAAAUUUGUAAGAAUCAAACAUACCAAAGGAUAACGUAUACAUCUAACGGCGUAUAUAGCAUACUGUGUCUUGUACGUACUCAUAAGUUGACAACGUACACAGCUAAUAUCUGUUAGGUCAGUAAGUCAAAGGUUAAGUUCACUUAGGCCAAAACGACGUCGUUAUACCGGAGUUGUUGUUAAAGUCGUAGUUAUAUUAGUCAGCGUCAGUCGAAGUCGUCAUCGGUGUCAUUUUUGCCGUAGUAGUUGAAGUGUUAUUUGUAGUCACCACAGUCGUAGCCGACGUCGUAGUGAGUGUCGCCUUAAAAACUCUAGUUAUCACUUAAAAUGCCAAAAGAUCAUAAAACGAAUCUAGUGUUCUAGUUCUGAUAGAAUAAAUAUGUAAAUAUAUUAAAUGGAUCAAGUAAACUAAUAUUCGGAUCAUCUACAUUAUCUAAAUGUGCAUGCACUGUAGUUCUUAUAUAAAACAUGUGUGAUAUCCUAAUUAUGACCAAGGUUUUAUUUAAGUGUACACACUCUUGUUUUUAUGGAAUAUACAUGAGGGUAUCACAUUUAUGUACAUAUACUCUAUUCAUUAUGGACCAUGUAUGAGGGUAUCAUGUGAGAUAACCAGGAGAUUAUCUAGAGGUACAUGUUCUCGUAAAGCGACCAGAGGAUCGUGUAUAUAAACAAAUACUCUAUUUGUUAUGGAGCAUGUAUGUGGGGAUCACGUAAUGCGACUAGGGUAUCAUGCAGAUGUAUAUAUACCUUAAUAAUUAUGGAAAAGGUAUGAGGGUAUCUUGGGAGAUGACAAAGAGAUUAUCUAGAUGUACAUAUAUCCGUAAAGCGACCAGGGGAUCAUGUUGAUGAACUUGAUUAUACUCUAUUUGUUAUGGAACAUGUAUUACGGGAUCAGGUAAGGGGACAAGGGGAUUAUGAAGAUGUACAUAAUUAUACUCUAUUGAUUAUUGAACAUGUAUGAGGGAUAUCGUAAGGCGACCAGGGGGUCAUUUAGAUGUUACUUAUUAUACUCUGUUUAUUAUUGAACAUGUAUGAGGAGAUAUCGUAAGGCGACCAGGGUAUCAUGUAGAUGUAUAUAUACCUUAUUCAUUAUGGAAAAGGUAUGAGUGUAUCAUGGAAGAUGACCAGGAUAUAUUUCUAGAUGUUCAUAUAUCCGUAAAGCGACCAGGAGAUCAUGUUGAUGAACAUGAUUAUACUCUAUUUGUUAUGGGACAUGUAUGACGGGAUCAUGUAAGGGGAAGUUGUACAUAAUUAUACUCUAUUGAUUAUGGAACAUGUAUGGGGGAUCGCGUAAGAUACCCAGGGGGUUAUUUAGAUGUAAAUAUACUCUGUUUAUUAUCGAACAUGUAUGAGGUGAUCACGUUAGACUAUAAGGGGAUCAUGUUGAUGACAUAUACUUUAUUAUCGUACAUGUAUUAUUCGAUUACUUAAGACGACCAGGGGAUCAUAAAGAUAUACAUAUAAAUUAUUUUUGUCACGGUGGAGAUUUGUGGGGAUCAUGGUUAAAUGUCAGGGUGUCUAGAUGAACAUAUGAACUAUGGAAAUUGUAUGAGGCGAACGCGUAAGAUAUGUACAUUUAUCUACGAAAACCACGGAAAUUACAUAUAUCUUUGACCCCAAAAUCAAUAGGGGUCAUCUACUGGUCGUGAACAAUCAUCAUACCAAGUUUGAAGUUCCUAGGCCUAAGCGUUCUUUUGUUAUCACUCGGAAAACAUUUGCUAUACGGACCGACAGACAAAUGCAAAGCAAUAUACCCCCACUUCUUUGUAGGUGGCAUAAUUAAUAUAUUGCAUAAAAUGCGCUUACUUUGUAAAUUUCUUUGAAUUUGGGGCAUUUUUCAAAAUGAAGAAAUAUUUUUGCGUGUUUUAACUUUCUUCGUUACUGCUCCCUCUUCAAAUCGGGCGAGUCCAAUUGUUUUUUUUAUAAGAAAAGCAUCAUGUUGUCUACUUCAAGGUUAAAUGUUUCGGUCAAUUAAAGCCGUUUCAAGUCAAAGGAAACACAUCUGUUUGUUGCUGCUUUACAAUCGUUAUCGGUUGAUCAAUUAUAGAAUGAAGUAAUUGAGUGUUGGCGAAAGACCAUAAGUUCCUCAUUGUUGCUCAUUUUACACACAAUUCAUUUAUCGGUUACGAAAAUCUAUCUCUCAAAGGGCGGCAUCAUGUUGUACUGUCUUACAAUAUAUCAUCAUUAGCAUUCUUGAGCACCCUACUAAUCUGUUAUAAAUAUAAGUGACGAAUUUUGAUUGGACAUAUAGACUUUUUAGGACUGUAAAGAUUUAUAGGAAGUAAAGGUUUAUUUGGAUUAAGAGGAAUAGCUUUUACCUAUAUAAAGAGAUGUUAUGGUCAGUGUUGGUGGUAGUGUGUUUGAGGUCAUUCAGUUAAGAUGUUAUUUUGGUUGUUGUAAUUGUAUGGAAUACUUGAUAUUUGGUGGAAUAAUACAUUUAUUUUGCACAGGAGAGUUAUUAUUUAUUGACAUCUGAUAAAUCCUCGCCCAGAAAACCACGAAGCGUUACAUAUAUAUCUUUAAUCUGUUAAAGAUACAUGCAAAUCUUUUUGUUUCAACUUCUUGAGUCUUGUAAAUAACCAUAUUUAUUAAUGUAGUAUUGCCUUAGAAGGAAUUUUGGUAAGCUAAACUUGAAGGAUAUAAUAAUCUAUCAAAAUGUUUUACCAAUUUAAAGACGUUUCCAGAGGUAUAAAGUGCGCAUCUUUAUGCGCAUCCAAGGGAGAUAAUUACGGAUAAUUACAAGAAAAAAAGUUGAAUAGUACUCGGAUAACUGAAUUAAAUUUCGGCUACAAACAAAUAACGAGUCAUUAAUACAGAAUAUAUAUUACUAAAUGUUCAAAGAGAUCGGAUAAGAACAAUAAUAGCAUUGUUUAGACAACUUCAGAUAAAGUAUUUCUCCUACCAUUAGUAGACAACAUGAAUGAUGAUUACACGCACGUUACCCCACCAAAUAAUGGUAAUGACGAAAGUGCGUCGCCACUUAUUUACUUGGUAGACAUGUGGGCAAAGAAGU